AUAGCGAACGGAACGAUGCGGCAGCUACUACGCAUGCGCUGAGGCCAAUAUGGUUAUGAAAAUUGUCCUUACAUGACUUAUAUUUCAAGACAGUCUGACUGUCAGUACAUUUUGCCCAAGGAGUCUUACUUUGUAAAAUGGCAGGAGAAGAGGAGGAAAGCAGGAGCAAGGGUUUUCGGCUGCUGGGGAUCCUUGACGUCCAGAACACUCCAUGUGCCAGAGAGGCCUUCCUGCAUGGGUCUGGAGGCUCACUCGCUGCUGGCCUGCUGCACUUUCUGGUCACAAGUCGGGUAAGGAGGUCUUUUGACGUUGGAUUUGCAGGCUUUAUGCUGACCACUCUCGGCUCCUGGUUUUACUGCAGGAUGAACAACGCUAAGCUUCGAGUGCAGCAGAGAAUGAUCCAGGGAGGCAUCAAGAACAAGGUGGUUUAUGAAGGAACUGCCGUAGACCCCACAAUUAAACCUGGAGCAGAAUCAGGACCCUCAUGACUUCCAGGACUGAGAAUCCUGCCCCUCCUCUGUGACGGCUGGAGGACAAAAGAGGACAAUGGCAGGGCUACUUCAAAGACAUAACAACCAGUUUUUUGUCUUUCGGAAAACUGACUUCUGCUGCACUAAUCAUGGACGGAUUGAGUUAUUUAAUGUGUGCUGUUUUUCCUUUUUUAUGGCUGACAACUUGCGAUACAGCAAAUCCAAUGGGUUAAAUCUUCAAUUCCAUCCAACCAAAAACAAACUGUUGGAUGGUAAGAGUAAGCUGUACUGAUCCUGAAUCACACAAAACGUGUUUUACUAUAAUCUUUUCAAAAUAUUGCUCAACCCUUGAACUGAUCCAACAAAUUUACCUCUUACAACCUCAUUCCGCUGAACCCUGUGAUGCUGUGAUUUUAGUGACUGCGUUCCUCUGUCUCUUCUGUGUUUUCUGCACACGAGGUUACAACUUUAUUCUUAAAGUCAACCCAAGGGUACACAGACUCACCAAAUGCCAUUUGGAAAAGUCCCCACCCCUUUGUGGGUUAGCAGUAUAUUUAAUAGAUGGAUUGUAUGUUAAAGCCAAGGGCACCUACUGUGACAUCACUGAUUAGGGUGUGGCUUAAUCUGUAACAUGUUUGAAAGGGUAAUCCCAGAGGACAGAGCAGCAGCGGCUCUCUGCUUAUCAUAGCUUAUCAAUAAAAUGUCUACUGAUGUCAAAUUG